AUGAUCUUUCAAAUUAUAAAUAUUUUUCAUUGUUUUUGUCUCCUCUUAUUAUUUCAUUUUAUUUCCUCUUCCUUCCUUCUUUUAUUCAUUUCUCCUUCCCGUUUUAUUUCUCGCUGCUUUACAAUUCUUUACCUAUUUCUUGUCCUUUUCUUUUCUCAUUCCGUUUUCUUUCACAUUCCUUACAUUUUUUUCUCCUUUUUAUUUCUCUUCAUGACGUUCUUUCUUUAUCAAUUUCCAUCACUCUCUUCCUCCCUUCCUUCCUUCCUUCCUUCCUUCCUUCCUUCCUUCCUUCCUUCCUUCCUUCCUUUUCUCUGGUUUAAUCUCUCCUUUAUUAUCGUCUGGCUUUCCUUUCUUUCUCUUCUUUCAUUCAUAUCUUUUCCCCUCUUUUUCUUUUUUCUUCUUCUUUCAUUCAUAUCUAUUUCUCCUCUUUUUCUUUCUUUCUUCUUUCAUUCAUAUCUAUUCCCCUCUUUUUCUUUCUUUCUUCUUCUUCUUCUUCUUCUUCUUCUUCUUCUUCUUCUUCUUCUUCUUCUUCUUCAGUCCAUUCUUAAUCUUCUUUUACUUCCCUUCCUACAAGUUCACCCACCACAUAUUCCAUCCAACUCUGUUCGAUUUAAUUCUUCUUGUAGCCUGCAACAUGUCCACAUCUCCGGAUACGAACAUUACAAUCAACCAUCACUUACAGACACCACCUUACUACCCACCUAUCAUUAUUUUUACCUUCUGUACUGGUCGCUUCGCAUUGGUUGA